AUGGGGUUAAGAGACGCCGGCCUACCGCGUCCCCUGCCCCUCCCGUCCCCGGCCGGUCGCUACAUAGCCACCGUAUCAGAGAAGGCCCGUCUGCCACUCCCGCCACGCAUACGAAUGACCUCUUUCUGUGCCCGCGCCGCCCGGUACUCCAGUGACCAGAAAGCCCGAUUCGCCAGAGCAGCGGAGGGGCGGCAGGCGGCGGUUCGCUCAGCCCUAGACAGACUUGAAGGGAGGUUAAGCGAGGGAGGAGAGCUCUUGACUGAGGAGAGACUCUACAUUCUCUCCCUUCCUCCCUCCUCCCUUCUCCAGUGUCUUCGGGAGAGGCAGCUCUCUCCCACCCAAGUCCUACGCGCGUAUCAGUCAAAGGCUAUUGUUGUCACCUACAGAUUGAACUGCAUCACAGAAUUCAUACCACAAGCUGAGGAUUGGGCCGCGGAACUUGAGGGGCGCGGCUCUGAUGGUCGCGUCCUGCCCCUCUACGGCCUGCCAAUCAGUGUACAGGACUCCAUUGACGUACAGGGCUUGGAUUCGACGCUGGGAUUGGCUAAGAGGCUGGGGCGGCCGGCCAAUAGGAACGCCGCGCUGAUACAGGGGCUGAGAAGGCAGGGAGCGGUGCCCUUCUGUAAGACCAAUGUGCCACAGGCCUUGCUGGGAAUUGGGUGCAGUAACCCGGUCUGGGGAACAACACACAACCCCGUGGAUACCCAGCGCUCCCCCGGGGGUGCCUCAGGGGGCGAAGCGGCGCUGGUGGGGGCGGGGGGGUCGCUCCUGGGGGUGGGCGUGGAUACCCUGGGUGGCGUGCGGGUGCCUGCUCACUUCUGCGGGGUCACUGCCUUCAGACCCACGGGGGGGCGGCUCUCCUCCCUGGGGGUUGACCUCGGGGGGCGCGGAGGUAGAGGGAGGGCCAUAGGGCGCGAUUCUGGUGGUCUCUCUCUUUCUCCUCCUCCUCCCCCGGUGUCAGUCGGAGUCCACAGCACCCCGGGGUUCUUGGCAAGGGACACAAUCACAAUCAUCACCACACUGCGCGCCAUCCUUGAAAACCCAGACCUGACAAUUGAGGAUCCCCUGAUACCCCCAGUUCCAUGGCGGCAGGACCUACUGGAUGGGGGCCUGGGGGGAGGACUGGGGGAUCUGGGGGGCGGUCUCGGGGGGUCUGGGGGCCGGGGGAGCUUUAGAAUCGGGGUUUUCGAGGAAGAUGUUGGACUCCCGCCUACUCCGGGAUGUCGCCGAGCAGUUGCGAUUUCACGUGAGGCUCUGAUCUCCGCUGGGCAUACCCUCGUGGCUUUCACUCCCCCAGGGGCUGCCCGUGCCUGGGGGUUAGCUCUCGCAUGCCUCACAGCUGACCAGGGGGCGUGGCUGCGUGGUGCACUGGCUGGGGAAGCGCGGAACCCUGGGGUAGGAUGUCUCCCAGAGGUUCUAGCAAUGCCGAAGGGAAUACGCACGCUGCUCCGGUGGAUUUUAAGGGAUCGUGCCCCCGUGGGAGUGGAUUCUGCGACGGGCAAGGCAUCUUCCUCCAAAGGGCUGUGGGGGGUGCUGGAGGAGAGGAAGAGGGUGGUGGAGGAGGUGCUGGCGGCGUGGAAGGGCGCGGGACUGGAUGCUGUGAUCUGUCCUGCUUUCCAGAUGCCCGCCCCGAAGAUGAAUCAUGUAGCCCGUCUUUUUGGGUCACAGGCGAGCCCCGCGGUGCCCAGCCUCUAUAACUUCCCCUGUGGCGUGGUCCCAGUCACCCGGGAGAGCGAUGAUGACCAGGAGAAGUUGGAGGACUACCCUGAAGACUCACCCGCUCUUAGGAACGUGAAAAAGGCCACAGAGGGCGCCGAGGGGUUGCCAAUAGCCGUCCAGGUGGUGGGACUCCCUUGGCAAGACGAGAUUGUGUGCAGACUGAUGCUGGAUUUGGAGUUGCAGAUGGAGAAGAGGCACUGAGAGAGAG